UUCAACGCCGAAAUCAAAAUAUUUCCAUAGACAGGGGUUGAUCCUCAACCCGAGUCUCUAGAUAUCGUUUUAAAACUGUUAAAUCAUUAAAACAGCCCAGAUGGCUGGUUUACCUCCGGGUGACCCUCAGCUGGUCGCCAUGAUCGUAAAUCACUUAAAAACACAGGGACUUUUUGACCAGUUCAGGAGAGAUUGCUUGGCGGAUGUCGAUACAAAGCCUGCGUACCUGCACCUGAGACAGCGAGUGGACAACUUUGUGUCUAAUCACCUCUCUAACCACACAUGGAGUCCUCAACUCAACAAGAACCAGCUGAGAAACAGCAUCAGGCAACUCGUGCUCCAGUCGGGCUUGCUGGAGCAGGGCGUAGAUCGGAUUGUAGCGCAGGUCGUCGACCCCAAAGUUCAGCACACCUUUCGGCCACAGGUGGAACGUGUUGUCCGUCAGUUCCUGUCUCCUGGCAAUCACAUGGAGGAGGACGAGCCUCCAUACACUGUCGCACAGGUGGAGGAAAACCAGGAAGCUCAGCUGCCAUCUCCAGCAAUCUCCUCGACUCCAGUCUCAGACUCCGCCCCCUCUCAGAGCCACGAUCCCUCUGUUAUAAAGACAGAAGACGGAGGAGAGGAAGACAUGAGCCUGGUAGAGGAGGAUGAGAAGGAAGAGGAGAGGACAAAAGAGGAGGAUGAGCAAGAAGAGAAGCUCGGAGGGAAUGAAGAUGAGACGAGCAAAGAGCGAGAGAGGGAGGAGGAGAGACAGAAAGAGACAAUGGAGGUGGAUCAACAGACUGAGGAGCCUGAGGAGGUCAAGAAAGAGGAAGAAGAAGAAGAGCGAGAGGAGGAGAAGGAAAAGAAAGGAGAAGAGGAAAAAGAAAAGAAAGGAGAGGACGCAAAAGAUAAGAAAGGGUCAGGGAAGAACAGGGAGGAGAGCAGCACUGACAAACUGCACAUUCGCCAGAAAGCAAGAGAACGACUGAAAGAAGAAUACUCUCUGGAGGACUCGGAUCUGGAGGGUUUGAGCGACAUCACGGUGAGUUCAGUCCACACAAGCGACCUUUCGUCUUUUGACGAUGACAGUGAGGACGAGGAGCCACCUUCUGAAUCCACCGAGGAAGGAGAGAUCACCUCAGAAGAUGAAAAGGUUCAGAAGAAAGCUACCGGAGAGGAAUCUGAUGAGAAUAAGGAGAAAAAACCUCGUGGAUCCCGCCAAGGCUACAUUCACAAGCCUUUCCUUUACUCUCGUUACUAUAGCGACUCUGACGAUGAGGUUACAGUGGAGCAGCGACGUCGUUCUGCUGCGAAGGACAAAGAGGAAAGACUGCUGAAGCGCCAACAGAACCGGGAGCGUCUUGAGGAAAAGAGGAGGCAGAAGGCGGCGCAGGCAGAGCUACAGGAAAAGGAAAAGCAGGAGGUUCAGAGACCUCAAGCAAAAGAAGCAAGGAAAGAGAAGAAAGUUCUGGAAAAGAAGGUGGCACUCAGCAGAAAGAGGAAGAGAGACUCACGGAAAGAAGACGACUCUGGCAGCAAGAAGAAGAGUGAUGGAGAUCCUGAAUCCGUAAAGAAAGAUGAUGCAGUGAAGUUUAAAGCAAUCUCUCAGAAGCCUGUUAAGAAGCUGUCUGAGGAGGAGCAGCGGAGGAGGAAGAGCAUUUCAGAGGACUCAAACGAACCACGCAAAAUCCUUGACAAAAACCGUACACACUCGUUCAUCCUGGACCUCGAGCUGGGAACUGAGGAGGCUCUCAGACAGAGAGGCGGUGGGAAGAAUGAGCGACAUGCUCGCAGAGAGAAAGAGCGAAAAGAGAAUGAGAAAGAGCGUGGUGUGUCAGAUGAACGAGCCAGGUACAAACAGAAGCCAGAAAAUAAGAAAGGAGGAGAGGCUGUGGCAGAGGAGAAGGAGGGAGGGGUGGUGAAAGGUACAGUUGAUGACAAAGUAGAGAAAAAAGGCUCAAAGGUUAAAGGAGACAAGAAGGGCUCUGUGUCAGGAAGGGAAGGAAGGCUUUCUGUGAUGGAGGGAUCAGUCCCAGAGGAGGGAACGACCAAGGAUUUGAAGAAAGAAAAGAUGCCCUCAGAGACUAUGAAAGAAAAAAUAAAAGGAGAAAAAUCACUGGGCAAGACUGACCCAAAACAGCAGCAUCGCCUGGAUUCUACUGGCUCCACAGAGGAGAGGUCCGAGGGUGAGGCUGCUUCUGAUUUCAACAAGAAGAAAGACAAGCAAUCUAAAGACAUUUUGAAACGGUCAAAAAGUCACCCAGAGGUUAAAUCUCUAGAGAAGGUAAAGGUCAGACAAGAUGGCAAAGAUGUAGGUGCUGGUGGUAAAGACAAAAGCUCCACAUCAGAGGCUCCCAAACAUAGCUCAGACACAAAGGUCAAGAAUUCAGAGGCAGGACCAAAGGUCAAAUCUGUGUCAGAAAAAACAAGAUCCAAGUCCAGAGAUGACUUGAAAUCUCAGAGUCCAUUAAUGACCAAGACAGACAAGAAAGCCCAAGGUCAGGAAGCCAAGGGAAAAGCAGCAGCAGCUCCUAGCAAGUUGGAGUACUCAAAGGAGAAGAAAAAGGAGGGAGUGAUGAAAGAGGACAGGAGGGUCUCAGAAGACCGUGUUGAGAAAGGGAAAGAUGCAAAGAGCACAAAGAAAACAAGUGAGAAGAAGACAAAAGAGUCAGAGAAGAAGGGAGGAGACAGUGAAAACGAAAGAAGAAUCUUGGAAGCAGAUGAUCUUUCUUCCAGUUCCUCUGUUCCGUCAGCAGUUGCUGAAGAGGUACAGACUGCAGGUGGAAUGGCUUCUCAGCCUUCAAACACUCAAGCACAACAAGCUUCAGAAUCCCUCACAACGUCUGACCUUACAGUUCAACAAGUCUCAGAGUCUCUUGGUGAAUCAGAACUCAAAACCCCACAGGUCUUGGAGUCCCUUACAGAGUCUCAUGUCUCAAACCCACAGGCCUUGGAUUCUGCCGCAGAGUCUGAUUCCACAGACCAGUCCAUCACAGAGUCUCUCAGAAAGUCUGACCUUACUUCAGACUCACAAGCUAUGGAUACAGAGUCUGAUCUUACAGCCUUACAAUCCAGAGAUGCAGAGUCUAAUCUUACAGCCCCGCAAACCAUGGAUACAGAGUCUGAACCUACAGCACCUCAUGCCAUAGAUACAGAGUCUGUCAUUACACCCCCACAAGCCAAUGCUGCAAAAUCUGAACUCGCAUCACCACACGUCUUUGAUGCACCCACAGAAUCUUCUGUAAAAGAACAAAGUCCACCUACAGAGUCUGAUCUUGUUAGUACAACACCACUGCAGUCCUCAGAAUUAACUUCAGUAUCUGAUCUUACAGUUCCUCAGUCUUCAGAUUCAAAUCAAAGUUCUGAUCUCAUGAAUUCUAACUCCUCCAAGCCUAAUUUCACAGUUCCUGAAAUAUCAGACAUAAAACCAAAUACUGAUCUCGCUGUCCCUCAGUCCUCAGUCUCAAUCCCAACAUCCAUUCUCAUGGUUGCUGAGUCCUCAGACUCCAUCCCAGAGUCUGAUCUCACAGUUGCCCAGCCCUCAAACUCAGUCCCAGCAUCUGAACUCACAGUCCCUCAGGGUUCCGACACACUUCCUAAUCCAGUUCCUGCUGAAGCUAACAGCACCUCUGUCCCUGACGACAUGUAUGAUGCCCUGAGUGACAUCACUCCAGAUCCUGACGACGAGGAAGAGGCCACCAUGAGACUGGCCGAGAGCCAGCCUCAGCCCUGUCCCAUCCCUGCAGAGGCUGAUGCCCUCCUGUCCUUGAUGGAUGUCUGUGCUUCUGCAGCUGUAAGCAACUCCACUGGUGCUUCUGAUGGACAGGUAGCUGAGAGUUCUUUCCGGGAUGCGGAUAUAAAGAUGAAGGAAGCAGCACUCACAUUACUCUCCAUGGAUCCAGAUCAGGCGGUUUCACCAAGUUUUAUCACUGAAGAUACACAUGUUGCUGGGCAGCAGGUGGAGUCUUUAGCCUCAGACCUGGUUGAUGUGACAAGUGCGAUAAAGCCACCUAAAGAAGUUACGAAUGAGUCUGAAAGUGAAUCAUCUGCUCGUGACUCAGAGGAAGGAGACAAACGCACUGAAGCUCUAGCCAACACAGCCAUUGAAGGAAAGGCCACAGACACAGUGUCUAAAGAGGAAGCAACAUCUGAGAUCAACAACGGUGAAUCAAAAACAAAGUCUGACGUUUCUAAACCAGAAAUCUCUGCUAAUGAUGAACCAGCAGGAGAAUCCGCUGAGACUGAUGCCAGCCAAAUACACACACAAACUCCGAGUGAAAGCAUUCACACAGCUGAGGGCACAAAGAGCAAAACAGAGAACACUGUGCAAGAGGCCCAGGCACAGGAGGCCCAGGUGCAAGAGGCACCAGUGCAAGAGGCACCAGUGCAGGAGGCACCCGCGCAGGAGGCACCCACGCAGGAGGCACCCACACAGGAGGCACCCGCGCAGGAGGCACCCACACAGGAGGCACCCAAGUUGCAGGAGCAGGAGACCCAGAUGCAGGAGUCCCAGACACAAGAGGCAAACGCACAGGAGCAGGAGGCGCAGACCCAGGAUGUGCAGACACAAGAGGCAGAGGAGCAGGAAGCACAUGUUCAGGAGGCACAGGCACAGGAGGCUCAGACGAAUAAGGCACAGGAAAUGCAGGAUACCCAGCUGCAGGAGGCGCAGGGUCAGGAGGUGCAGGAGGCAAAAGCACAGGAGAAACAGGAGCAGGAGACACAGGCGCAGGAGACACAAGUGCAGGAUGCGCUGGAGGCAAAGGAGACCCAGGCGCAGGAAGCAAAUGCACCAGAUGCCCAGGCGCAGGAGGCAAAGAUGCAGGAAGUUCAAACCCAGGAGGCACAGACACAGCCGGCGCGGAGAGGGCGACGUCCUAAAUUAGUUAAACAAGCCAGUAGCGUAUCUAAGUCAGAUGGACAAGAAGAGGACAAAUCUGAUGUGUCAGAAGCGGAUGAGCGUCUGGAAGGCAGAGUGACCCGCAAAGGACGAUGGUCCAGUCAGAGAGCAGCGUCAGCCAAGGAAACUGCAUCCAAAGCUCAAACCAGUCAGGAGGCCAAAGACACAGAGACUAACAAACCAUCGCAUAAAAAUAGUGAGGAUGAGGACAUUGAAGAUGGAAGCAGAACUGCACAGAAAAGAUCGUCUAAGGUCCCAGAUGCUUCACAGAAAGAAGCUUCAUCGAAGCCUGAAGAAGCAGAGCCAACAGGAGAGGAAGUGGAGCAAAAAGAGGCGCGUAGAGGAAGGCGUUCUGGAGUUCAGACAGCCGCUGUGGCUAAACCAGCACUGAGGAGAAAGAGGUCUGACCAAGCUGAGGAUCCUGAGAAAGUAGGAAAAGAACUUGCAGCUGAGGAGAAGGAAGAGGAGCCUGUGAAGAGAGCACGACAAGAUAGUGAGAGUGUGACUGAGGAAGAAGAGGAAGGAAAAGAGGAGAAAAAAGAAGAGGACAGAGAAACAGAGAGCUCUAAAGAGAAGGCUGAGGAAGAGGAACCAGUGAGAAAGACUCCACGGCGAGGCAGAUCUUCAAAAAACACUUCUAACGUGGAUGACUCGGCAGCCCCAGAGAAGAGAGAGGGAGAGACAGAGACAGGAGAAGAGGAUGAAAAACAGGAAGAGGAAGAAACAAAAAUUAGAGCAACAACACGUUCUGCAUCUCGGCUGGAGGCUGAGAAAAAUAAGCCAAGUAAGCCAUCAACCAGAGCGGUGAGCAAACUGAGCGGGAAGGAAGAGAGCUCUCCAAACACACGUUCCUCUCGUUCUCAGAGUGCUGCUGCAGUAAAGGGCCGUAAGGGCGAGUCGAGUUCUCCAACACCUCGGACCCGCGCCGGCCACAAAACUGAAGAACCGCCCUCAAAGAGGACCAAACGAUGAUGUGUAUUUGUGUAUAUUAUGUAUGUAUGUAGCCCAGUCAGCUUUAUGUUUAUUACGUAUUCCUUGUCCAGUGCAAACAGAGUGGCUCUGUGUGGCUGUUCCACUGUAAUGACAUCGGCAUUUAACAUGAUCCCUCCCAGCUGCAGAUGUCACACGGGAACGUGUUUUUAACUCACUGACACUCUCCUGCUGACCAGCUUUACGCGCUCAGGAUUGUGACCAUGCAGUAAGUUUUAUAACCAGCAUUUAUGAGCAGUACUGAAUUGUUUCUAAUGGCGUUAUGUUUGUCUGUUUUCUUCUUGUGUACAGUUUAUCUCAAAGUUCCAGAAUAUUUUGAUCUCAAAACAUAUUUUCAGAAAGUUGUGGACAAAGCACAUUCUGCUUACUCCAAGUACAAACCCAGAAUGUUCUAGAAUGCAUUUCCAGAAAGUCAUAUAACCAGAAAUCACCGUGUUUUCUCUACGCAAUGUGUAUUGUAAUUUUUUUUUUUCUCUCCAAGAAAAGUGCUAGACACAGAACAUGCCAUUAUUGCUGUGUCCUAGUUGCUGUGAAGUUGCUGUAUUUGUGCUAAAGAAUUCCCUAGAAUUAUAACAGGUUCUGCUUUUCCUGUUGGAGAACAUGAAAAGCACAUGUUCUUUCAACUUUUUGAAAGUGUUCUAAAAUGCGUUUUCAGAAAUACCUAGAACCAGAACGCUCUUUGCUUUCGUUGUAGGACACAGUGUGUUCUAGAACAUUUUUUAAGAAAACUGCUAGAAUCAGAGCAUGCUAUUAUUACUCUCCAAAGUGUUCUAGAAUGCAUAUACAGAAUGUUCUAGAGCCAUCAUAUCACAUGAUCUGAGGUAAAACCUUAGUGUUCUGCAUCCAGAAGGCUAUAGAAUUCCAAGAACAAUAACUCACAUUGCUUUCCCUGUUAAAACAUGAAAAGAGCACGUUUUAGAACUCUCUAAAAUGCGCUGUCCAAUAUAUUUCAGAAAGAACCACGCUGUGUUCCCCUAGUGUUCUAAAUAGUGUAGUUAGUAAUGGGUAAACCAAGAAAAUUAUGUGAGAAUCAAAUUCAUUACACACAAAUACUGGUGGGGAAAUGUGUGCUGUAGCCUAGAUAUAUUUCAGAACAGGUAUCCGUUAUAUACACAGCAUAUAUACCGUUUUAAAAUCCUGUGUUAGAUUCUCACACUGAAAGGAACUCUGCUAAUAGACAUGUGCCAAUAAUCAAUUACAAAAUAUAACACAAUAUCCUGAUGGAACAUUUGAAUGUUGGUCUAACUGAUUUUUUCCCCCCAAAAUCUGGCAAGGUACGUAACAAUGUGGGAAUACUGUAAACCUUGAAAAAGCCAUUGGUAAACCUUGGUAAAUGAUGGUGAUAUGAACAUAUUGCUCAAACCAAUCCACUUUAAAUACAGUACUAUUUACACUCCUAGAAAAAAAAGGUUCUAUCUAGAUGUAUUUUUUCCCUAAGAGUGUAUAUGUUACUUGUUCCACAGAGUGAAAAAUAUGUUUAGUUUAUUAUGUCUUAUGUGUCAUUUUAUUGUGUAUCUGCUGAGCCUGUUACUGUGUUCAGUUGCAUUUGUGCUGAUCCUGUUGGCGUGUUCAACAUGAAGACACUCAUUCUGUGAAUGUAAAGAACUGAGCUAUUUCUUUUCUACAUUUAGCUUUUAUUAUAAAGGCCACUGGGACCAUGA